UGUGAUGAGGUCACAGGUGAUGCUGGUCCCUGCCCCCAGCCCAGCUUCCUCACAGCACAGCAAAGGAACCGGAGGGAAAAUCCACCUUCCCGGCACAGCCGUACCAUCCACCUCACUCACUCGACUACUUGUCAAGUUCGUUACCAACACAAAGGGGGCUCAGAUAAUCAAGAAACAAUGUCGAGUGACAAUAAAAAUAAGUCUAGUGAGCCUAAAAAUGAGCCCAGGAACUGCGAUCCCAGGUGUGAACAAAGGUGUGAGGCCAAAUGCCAGCCCAGCUGUUUGAAGAAGCUCCUGCAACGCUGCGCUGAGAAGUGCCCACGGGACAAGUGCCCGCCACCGUGCCCCCCACCAUGCCCACCAUGCCCAUGCCCCCCACCAUGCCCCCCACCGUGUCCCCCAUGCCCAAUACCCUGCCCUCCCAAGCCCUGCACCAAACCUUGUCCUCCGAAGUGCCCACCUCCCUGUCCACCUCCCUGUCCACCUCCGUGUCCACCUCCGUGUCCGCCCUGCCCGCCUCCCUGCCCACCGUGAGGCACUGUGGGCACCACGCAAGCCCUCCACCGCCGCCAGCUCCACCAUGUGCAACACCCUGGGGCUGAGAACUGAGACCAUGAACUGACAAGUAAACGUGUUCCUUUGCUGUGCAAGACA